AGAAAGAAAUUUUUCAAAUGGUCCAUCGAGUGCACGGGUAACGUGAGCCAGAGGCUAUCCAUAGGUCUACCUAGGCCAUUCAUUGUCAAUUAUUCGGAAAGCAGUUCUUAAUCUUCAUUAUUCAAGUUUAUAUACAAUAUUUUUUAACCCCUUCUCGUUUUUCAUAGUGCAGUGUGAUUGUUCUUGAAAACUUAUACUAGUUUCGAAUACUGUACUUCAAAAAGUUCUGGAACGGCGAUGGUGUUUGGUAGUAGGAAGUGAAUAGUUUAUUUUUUCGUGAAUAGUUCCACGAGAUAUAACCUUUGAGUCUAUCUGGAGAAAAUGAACAAAAACAAGUGUAUUGGUUAAUUGGUGAUCAUUAUUUUAUUAUUCUAUGAAUUAGAUAUUUACCUCUUUUCUGAAUAUCUAUUUAACGUAAAGUUCACUGCAUUUCAAAACCAUUUAUGUAAUAUAACUGAAAAAAUUAUAAUACAAUGUGCUGCGUAUAGUUCGAAUAUUGAGUACAAGUAAGUAAACAAUUUAAAUGACAUACAUAUUCCACUCCAGAGUUGAACUGCAACAAUUCCUAAAUAAUGAAUUCAAAGAGAAUUCUAAUUUCCCAAAAUUCUCCAAUUUCUAAACUAAAUAAAACUCAAGUGACAUGAAUUUCUUUUUUGAAUAAUUUGUGGACAAAAAUAAGAAGUGCUCUAUAUUCAAGGAGAACAUUACAAAGUCAUAUAGAUUUGCAGUAGAAUAAUGAAAGUGGGUGAUUCUCUUCAAGAAUUAUUCGAUGGGAUAGUAAAACAUUUUUUGUUCAAUGAACCUGGUAGAAUUGAUGUGACGUGUGUAUCGUGAAUUUCUAGCAACGGUAACUGUGAACGUGAACAUGAUUAACACAGAGACCUAAUCUAAUAACAGUACUGAUUCUAACUUCUAUAGUGGGUAAAAACUGUACAGUGAACACCUUAGUUUUAUGCAAACAACACUCAAUCAUUCAGAAGAUGGACAAACUUAACGCAAGCUGCCAUAUUUACCUGUUCAAAUAAUAAAAAUAAUAGAAUACUCGUCUCAGAAUCUGCCGAAUCAUGGACUGCAAUCUAUAAAACUGGACGCGGAGCUUCUUCACAAAGUGGUCACGACCGUCUAACGGAUAUUUAUUUACAAGCUUGCUGUCUCACUACCUGUGUUUUGCUUGAAAUUGAAGGGGCACGCAGCCACUACUUGGACUGAGCCAUAAGUACACACCACUUCUGACCUUGAUGACUCGCUCGACUGGAGAGAGUAGCCCGGUGUGAAUUAUGAGAAAGCACUGAUGUAGUCCACUAGUCGAAUUUCUACAAGUAAUCAACAAUUUUUCACUCACAAUUCGAGAAAAUCGACCAACAACAAGUUCUAAGAAAAAAAAUUUAGAUCAAUCAGAACUUCCUUGCCUAUUAAAUUGAGACUGCAGAAAAUGAUUAGACUUUACACUUUAGACAGAAAUGGAGGUAUACUACAUUGUGUAAUGUUUCAGAUUCAACGACAUUUUUCAACAAUUCUCCUCUUUGAAUGAAUUUUGGUGAACGUAAUCAGUGAAAUACCCAAUUAUUCGUUCAUUCUGUUGUGAAAAAGUUGUAAGACUGUCCUAACUCCUAAAUACGGUGAGACUGGAAUAAUAUAUGUCUGUAAUGAUAUUCUUAUGAGAUAGGUAGGCCUACUAAUUGUUCAUCAGCUACCGUAAUUGCUUUUGUAAAUGAUCGAUUCUUCUAUUGGAGAGCAUUUUCUGUGCAGUGUACAAUGAAUCAUGUAAUGAGAAAAAUUUUCAAAGUACAUGAUCUCGGAUCAUAUUUUAAUGGAUGAGGAAGUAUUAUUCUCGAUUGAAACUCUAGUUUGAAAACUCGAAAAAGUGGAGGGCCCGUGGAGUAUGAGAGGGGAGGCAGGGCCCUACCAGCAAGGCCUCAGCCUGAGCGUGGAUCUUGCCUACACGGGCAGCAUACUAACGCCGCGACCAAUCAAAUUCCAGCCAUCAGUCAACAUCUUUGUGGAGCAGAAUGGGCAGCAGGUCGAAGAAGUAGGUACCACGGCAUGGAAUAACUCGUGGCCAUCGAUCAACUUGAAAGAGGAGGAGGAUUGCUACGGAAAGCUGGAUGCAUACGAGAGGCGAGCUGGAAGUGUGGGCUGUCCGACACCGCCGUCGGAAAAGAAGUACUUCUGGCAUCCGUCGCAGGACGCCGACUCAUCGACAGCCAGACGCGGAGGCGCCCGCCGACGCCGCUGCAACUCGGAGCGUCGCUGUGGCGGAUCGACACGGCUGCCGUCGCCGACCGUCGUCAAGAAGCGUCGCCUGGCGGCCAACGCACGUGAGCGGCGUCGCAUGAACGGCCUCAACGAGGCUUUCGACCGACUGCGUGACGUCAUACCGUCGGUCGGCGUCGAUCACAAACUGUCAAAGUUCGAGACACUGCAAAUGGCGCAGACCUACAUUGCCGCCCUGUGUGAUAUGCUGCAGCGUACUUCCAGAUGACCCUGGCUGACAACCGGCUUCAUCCAG